AUGGUGACUAUCUCCUCGAGGACGCAGGUGGUGAAAAUGCCAACAGCAGGAAUUACAGAGAAGAAGUCAAAUGACAAGAAGACAGCAGGAGCUGGAUUGAAUCUAUGGCCGCCGGCCGGGGUGGAGUGGAGUGUAGCUGCUGACUAUAAAUUUGGCAGCCUGUGCCUUGAACAAACAGUUGGAAACAACAUGUCUAAUCUGCUUGGAGCUUGUGUUGGAGAAUUUUUUGACUGUGGAGUUUGGGCUUCUAAAGUUACUGGAAAGCCAGGGUUAUCAGAUAUGUACUCAGUCUGUGGUGCUUUAACUCUUCGUUCCUGUAUUCAUGGGGAGACUGUUAAAACGUACCAUUUAUCAGUAAAGCUGAGUGCUCCAGCUGCUUCUUGCACUAUCUCUGACCCUCUUCCUAUUCUUCACAAGUUCUAUCAGUCAGGAGACCUCCUCAUCAUUGGCAUCAUUUCUCAGAUCUAUGUGUUUUCCUCUCAAGCAACUUUUGAAAAGCGCCCCUCUUCUGAACUUUAUGAUGAUGUUUUCCAUUUUAAUCGAAGGUGGACUGUUCAUGCUUCACUGGAACUUCUCUGCACAAAGAACAGAUUCAUCCCAAACUACAAAUGUGACAUUCAGAACAAUCCAUUAGCAGUAAUUGGGGGACCGAAUUCUGAGGUCUCUCUCCACAUAGCAAUGAAUCUCUGCAUCUACAAGAUUCCACAGCUCAUAUAUGGCUGCACUCAAAUAAUGAAAAAUGACAUGGAAGCUGAUUUCCUCUACUGGAUGUUUCCAAAAGUGGCUCUUCAAUGUGAAGGGAUCCUCAAAUUACUCCUGCAUUUUGGGUGGACAUGGAUUGGGGUUUUUUAUUUAGAUGAUGACAAUGGAGAGAGAUUUGUACAGGAUACAUUGCACAUGUUUCUUGAGAGAGGCAUCUGCUUUGACUUUAUAGAAACAUUUGCAACAUUGGCUUUUUCCAAUGAUAUCUAUCAAACAGUGGAGGAGGCAUCAAAAAAAAUGAAAACUCUCUCAGGAAGCACUGCCAAUGCAUUGGUCAUAUAUGGUGAAAUACAGACCAUGUUGAUUUUUAUACUAAUGCACAACUUUGCAGACUCGGAGAAUAUGCCAAUUAAGACAAGAGGCAAAGUCUGGAUUAUGAUUGCUCAGAUGGAUUUCACAUCACUUGGGUUUCAAAGAACUGUGGAUAACCACUCCCUCCAUGGUGCUCUUUCCUUUGCAUUGCACUCACAAGAGGUUUUAGGAUUCUGGCAAUUUCUUCAGAUGAGAAACCCCACCUCGGAGAAAGAUGAUGGCUUUCUUGGGGUCUUUUGGGAAGAUGUAUUUAAUUGCCAUUUCCCCAACUCCAUUGCAGAUGAGACGGUUGAGGAAAUCUGCACUGGGGAGGAGAUGUUGGAGACUCUUCCUGGAUCAGUCUUUGAGAUGAGCAUGACCAGUCACAGCUAUAGUGUCUACAAUGCUGUCCAUGCUGUGGCACAUGCUCUGCAUGCCAUGCAUUCAUCUAAAUCUAAACAGAGAGGAAGGAUGGAUGCAGGUAGACUGAAGAUUCUGUAUCGUCUGCCAUGGCAGCUCCAUCACUUUCUGAGAAGUGGAUCAUUUAACAACAGUGCUGGAGAAAAGGUUUCCUUUGAUGAAAAUGGGGAAUUAGUUGCUAGAUUGGAUAUCAUCAACUGGGUCACAUUCCCAAACCAGUCUUUCCGUAGAGUCCGAGUGGGAAAGAUAGAACCAGAUAGUCCCACAGGCCAGGUGUUCACAAUUCAUGAAGAUGACAUUCAGUGGCCCAGCAGAUUUAACCAGGCACGGCCCCUUUCUCUGUGUAAUGACCAUUGCCAUCCUGGCUAUAGUAGGACAAAGGCAGAAGGGAAACCAUUUUGCUGCUAUGAUUGCCUUCCAUGCCCAGAAGGGAAAAUUUCCAACCAAAAAGACAUGGACAACUGCAUCCCAUGUGCAGAAGAUCAUUAUCCAAGCAAUGGCCAGGAUUUUUGUAUUCCCAAGGCCAUCAACUUUCUGACUCAUGGAGAAGCUUUGGGGAUCAGUAUGGACAUUUUUGCUCUGUCCUUUACUUUCAUCACAGCUUUUGUGCUGAGGAUCUUCCUGAAGCACAAGAACACUCCCAUUGUCAAAGCCAACAACCGCAGCCUCACCUACACUCUCCUCAUCUCCCUCCUUCUGUCCUUCCUUUGUGUUUUGUUGUUCAUUGGCAAGCCUGAGAGGAUCACAUGUCUCCUUCGACAAGCUGCUUUUGCCAUCAUCUUCUCUGCGGCGGUUUCUUGCAUCCUGGCCAAAACCACCAUUGUGGUUCUGGCUUUCAUGGCCACCAAGCCAGAGUCCAGCAUGAGGAAAUGGGUGGGGAAAAGGUUGGCCUACCUCAUCGUUCUUUGCUGCUCUCUCAUUCAAACCACCAUUUGUACAGUGUGGCUGGCAACUUCCCCACCAUUCCCGGAUCUAGACAUGACCUCCAUGGCUAAAGAAAUGAUCCUGGAAUGUAAUGAAGGCUCCACUGCCAUGUUUUAUUCUGUGCUGAGCUUCCUGGGCUUCCUGGCUACAGUGAGCUUCAUUUUGGCUUUCUUGGCCAGGAAGUUACCUGACAGCUUUAACGAAGCCAAGUUUAUCACCUUCAGUAUGUUGGUCUUUUGCAGCGUUUGGUUAUCCUUUCUUCCAGCCUACUUGAGCACAAGGGGAAAAUAUAUGGUUGCCGUAGAAAUAUUCUCUAUUUUGGCCUCCAGUGCUGGCUUACUCUCUUGUAUCUUUUUCCCAAAAUGUUUUGUAAUUUUACUGCGGCCUAAUUUGAACCAAAGGAGGGAGCUGAUCAGAAGAAAGAUCUAAAGAUUUUAUGGUCCUGAUCCAACCAAA